GUCGGACACUUGGGUCGAGUUGGAUAUCGCGCGUUGGGAUUUUGAACCGCGAUGGAGUCGACGACGGACCUGCGCCAGCUCAUGGCGAUGGCCGUGCGCAUGCGUGACGAAGGCCGGACGAGCGACCCGCGCUACCACCAGAUCGUGACGAUCCUACGCGCGCAGCAGCAGCGCCUCACGGACGCCCGCCAAGCGCCGGCCAGCGAAGCCAAGGGCAAGGCCAAGGCGGUAGUGGCCGCGCCGCGCACGGAGCCCAAGCCGCUCAUCUUCACCGAGAAGCAGCUCACACACCUCCACCAGCAAAUCCGCACGUUCAAAGCACUCAGCCGAACCAUGGACGAGCUCCUCGCAAAAGACGUUUCGGCGGCGGCGGCCGCGACCGCCGUCAUCCCCGAGGUACCUGCGCCUGUGCUCGUUACGCCGCCACCGACGCCCACAAUUGCGUCUGCGAUCACGCUUCCAGAGAUUAUUGAUGUUACGCGGCCGACCGUCGAUGUCACACUUGCAUGGGCCCGUGGCGACCGCGAAAUCGUGUACGUGCCCCAAGAAGCGCUCUCGUCAUGCAUCGUCCACGAGCUCGACGACAAGGACGACGCGCCGACUCUUCCCACAGGCUUGCGAGGCCUCCAGGCACAGCUCCGCGAACAAAUGGUCUUGGCGUACCAUGUGCAACUGGCGCAGCUCGGCGACCCCGUCCACGUCGACCGGACCUUCUUCAAGCGCAAGCGCCCGAUGCUUGCUUUGUACGACCCGUCGGAGCGGGAGCGCCGCAUGAAGAGCCUCUCGAACGAGAAGAAGCGGCGCGCGGCGCGGAACGUGUACCUGCGCACGGUCUUGAACCACGCGCGCGAGUUCUCGGCCUUCCACAAGGCGCGCGUCUCGUCGCUCGCGAAAGUCUCGCGCGGCGCCAAGGCCCACGUCGACGCCAAGGCCAACCGCGCCGAGCGGGAGGAAGACCGUCAGGAGAAGCUGCGUCUCAAGGCGCUCAAGGCCAACGACAUGGCGGCCUACUCCAAGCUCGUCGCCGAAGCCAAGAACGAGCGCUUGACGUAUUUAUUGUCGCAAACCAACACGUACCUCGACAGCAUCCGCGAGCUCGUGCGCGGCCAUCGCGAGAAGCAUGGGCUGGUUGCACCGACGCCGACGGGCGAUGACGCGGCCGACGUCGACGACGAACUCGACUACCUCGGCAUUGCUGUCAACAGCGAGAUGCCGCGGCAGCCACAAAUGCUUGUGGGCGGCGACCUCAAAGAGUACCAGCUGCGCGGUUUGCAGUGGAUGGUGUCGCUCUACGACAACCGCCUCAACGGCAUUUUGGCCGAUGAAAUGGGGCUCGGGAAAACGAUCCAGUCCAUCUCGCUCGUGACGUACAUCAUGGAGUUCAAGCACAACCACGGCCCGUUCCUCGUCGUCGUGCCGCUCUCGACGCUCUCCAACUGGGUCAACGAGUUUCGCAAGUGGGCGCCCGACAUUACGCUCGUCGUCUACAAAGGGCAUCCGCAGGCGCGCAAGGACAUUUACCGGCUCGAGAUGGCGAGCGUCCAGUUCAAUGUGCUUCUGACGACGUACGAGUACAUCAUGAAGGACAAGCACGUGCUGCGCAAGUACGACUGGCAGUACAUCAUUGUCGACGAAGGCCACCGCAUGAAGAACGCGCAGAGUAAGUUUGCAAUGACACUCGGGUCGCUUUACACGUCCCGGAACCGCCUGCUGCUUACGGGGACGCCGCUUCAGAACUCGCUGCCCGAGCUCUGGGCGCUGCUCAAUUUUUGCUGCCGACGAUCUUCGAGUCGCAAGCCCUUCUCGCACUUUACGGGCACGGGCGAGAACAACGAGCUCUCGGACGAAGAACGCAUGCUCAUCAUCAACCGAUUGCACCAAGUGCUGCGUCCGUUCCUCCUCCGGCGCGUCAAGAGCUCGGUGCUCGACCAGCUGCCCGAUAAGGUCGAGCGCGUCAUUCGCUGCGAGCUCUCCGGCUGGCAGAAGAUCAUGUACCGGCGCAUCCAGGAAGGCGGGUCCCUCCUCAUGGAAGCGUCGUCGUCGACCGAGAAGGCCAAGUCGUCGUUUACUGCAAAGGGCCUGAGCAACAUCCUCAUGCAGCUGCGAAAAGUGUGCAACCACCCGUACCUCUUCCAGACCCAGGGCUACCCAAUCGACUUUGACAUUGUGCGGUCGGCGGGCAAAUUCGAGCUCCUCGACCGCAUGUUGCCCAAGCUUCACGCCGCCGGGCACCGCGUGCUCAUGUUUUCGCAAAUGACGCAGCUCAUGCACGUGCUCGAAGACUACUUCAACUACCGCGGGUUUCGGUACCUGCGCCUUGACGGCUCGACGAGUGCGGACGAGCGCGAGCAGCGCAUGUUUAUGUUCAACGCGCCCGACUCGCCGUACUUUAUCUUUUUGCUGAGUACGCGCGCGGGCGGCCUCGGGCUCAACCUCGCGACGGCCGACACGGUCAUCAUCUUCGACAGCGAUUGGAACCCCGCGAUGGACGCGCAAGCGCAGGACCGCGCGCACCGCAUCGGGCAAAAGAACGAAGUGCGCGUGUUUCGGCUCGUGACCAACUCGCCGAUCGAAGAAAAGAUCCUGAGCCGCGCGACCGAGAAGAUGAACAUGAACAACCUCGUCGUCGAGGCCGGCAAGUUCCACGCCAAGUCCAAGGAGGCGGACCGUCGCGCGAUGCUCGAGUCGCUCAUCAAGAUGGAGAGCGAGGACGCUGGGGAUGACGAGGCCAUGGUCAUGGACAACGACGAGCUCAACUCGAUCAUGGCGCUCACGGACGAAGAGCUCGCGCAGUACCACCGCAUGGACAACGAGCGCAUCCUCCGCGAGGCCAAGACAUUUGGGAGUCCGUUCAAUCGGCUCAUGGGCAUGGCCGACGUGCCGCAGUGGCUCAAGGCCGCCGAAGCCGCCGAGGUGCAAAAGUCGCAGGACGCCGCCGACGACGACGGCGUCGGCCUCCUCUUUGACGACGUCAAGCGCAAGCGCAAGGAAAUCUCGUACCGAGACAUGUCGGAGGCCCAGUUCCAUCGCAUUCUCGAAGACGGCGGCGACGCGGUGGACGCGGACAACAUCAUGCAGCCGGCCGCAAAGAAGCCCAAGACCGACGUGGCAGAUGCCCCGCUUGUCUCGACCGACAAACUGCGUCAGUUGUACGAUGCCGUGUUGCGGGCCAAGGACGGGUCCGGUCGGCUGCGUCACUUUUUGUUUCUGGAAAAGCCGUCGGCCGAAGACUACCCGGACUACUACACGAUUGUGUCGACGCCCAUGGACCUCAUGACGAUUGACGCGCGCAUUUCCAGCGGCGCGUACACGUCGUUCGAUGCGAUCGAAGCCGACUUUCGGCUCAUGUUUGAGAACGCGCAGCGCUACAACCACAAGGACUCGCUCGUGCACCACGACGCGGUCGAGAUGGCCAAGGUCAUGAAGACCAAGCUCCGGAGCCUCAAGGGACUGAGCAGCAGUAGCAGCAAGAAAGCCAAGAAGGCCCGGCGGUAG